AUGCUUAUUAGGAAAGUCGCUGCUUAUGAUGAAGAAAUUCAGCAUCUCUAUGAGGAAAUGGAAGAGCAAAUCAAAAAGGAGAAAGAGCAGUUUAUCUUGAAACUUCCCCCUGAAGCUAUUUACAGUUUAGUCAGCAUUCACACUAAUGGUUGUCAGACACUCAAGAAGGUUCAACUGGAACGAUUGUUUCAAAACCAGAAAAGGUUAGAGAAGCAAUGUACGGAACUUCUCAGUGGCAAAGAAGAAACCAAAGUAGAGAACACCAAGCUGAAACUGACUAACCAGGAACUGCUGAGAGACCUGGAGAGAACAUCUUAUGAACUAAGCCUGGCUCAACAGGAGUUACAGGUGCUUCAGGAGGAGGCAUCAAGACUACAUGAGGAGAAGAAGAUGUGAGUCUGGAGGUGUACAGAAGUCUUACAGAGAGAGAAGUCAGGACUUCUGAAGCAGGUGGAUUUUUUACGAGAGAGGAACAAACGUCUCAAAGAUGAAUGUAACAUAUUUUUACAGCUUGACGAAGAUGAUGUUUCUGAUAACUCAAAGAGAAGGAAUUCUGCUGGACUGAAUGGAAUUCUCUCUGUAGAGCCUGAUGCUGGAGCCACUGGAGGAAUGUCUAAAGCAUUGCAUCUCAAAAGAAUAAUAUCAAUUGAGGAAGAUCACCUACCCCAGCUUCCUGACAGGCUGGUUGAUAAGCAGCUGAACAGGUGGCCUGUAGAAGAUGACAAUGUUUCUUCUGAGGUGGAAGUGGAUAAGAAAAACAGAACAAUGCAGUGCUCACCAUCAUCUUCUGGAGGGCAGCCUGUAGGGAAGGAAACGCUGUCAAGUGAGGAGAUAAUAAGCUCUGUCCCAGACCACUUAUUCAAGAUUAUUUUUGUGGGCAAUUCGAGUGUUGGAAAGACUUAAUUCUUAAGGUGAUUUUGUGAAGAUCAUUUUUUCCCAGGCACAGCUGCUACUGUAGGUGUGGAUUACAAUGUGAAAACCAUCACAGUAGAUAAUAGCCAGGUAGUCCUGCAACUCUGGGACACUGCUGGCUGGGAAAGGUACCAAAGUAUUACCAAGCAGUUUUUCAGAAAAGCUGAUGGUGUCAUUGUGAUAUAUGAUAUAACAGCAAAAGACACAUUCACAGCUGUCAAGCAGUGGCUGAUAAGUAUCAAGGAGACAGCUGGGGAGAAUGUACCUGUGCUUUUGUUGGGUAAUAAAACUGAUAAUGAAAAGGAAUGUGAGGUCUCUUUGGGAAUGGGAGAGCAUCUUGGUAAGGAUUACAAUUUAAUUUUCUAUGAAUGCAGUGCAUGUUCUGGGUACAGUACCAAACAGUCUGUGUUUCACUUAGCUAGGUUCAUAAAGAGACAUGAAGACAGAGUGAAAGAAAAAAACAUUGAACUUCAAUCUGAUAUGAACAAAAAGUCUUGCUGUAUCAGGCCAUAA